AUGCUUCGGCUGAGUGUGGGAUUUCUCAUGCGACAUAUAGGUCAGGAUGUGCCAAAACGACACACUCACUUUGUUUUGGAAUCUAGGCUAAUGUAUGAAAAGUCUUUUCGCGACAGUUGGCUGCACAGUGUUUGUCGUGCCGUUUCGCAAAUUGAUGAGCCAUUAUCGAAGACGAUAUCAGGGACGCGACAGAAGAUGCUACAACGUAAGGUUACAUGCUUUCAAUAUAAUCAAUAUGGACUAUUUAAGGUACCGUAUUAUCGCUUAGCCAACGUCGACCGUUACCACGCGGUCCAGGGUGUUCCAGGAACGCGGGAAUGGGUUCCAUACGCCAACGUUUCUUACUGGACGAUGAACAAGAUGGUGCGUAGUGGGAACUUAUUGGUGCAUCGGGUUCACUACACUGGUUGGGGAACGGACCCUCAUCUUAAGAAGGGUGGGUGGGAGCAUCGGUGGAAUAAGGUGAUGCAGCGCAAUGCUUUGCAGUACUCUCGAAUCUAG